ACUUCCUGAAAUCUAUUCAUACUUUCAGAAGGAAAAACCUAGUUUAACACAUCUUUAACCCUAGAUCCUCUGCUUUCAAACCCUACCUUGUGAACCAAGCAAAACUCACCUUUGAUCACUAUGUCUGGUUUAUGUUUCAAUCCGUUUCAUCUACGUUGGUCUCUAAGAUCCAAACUACCUCCAGAGCCAUCCCUUCCGCCUUUACCAUCUAACCCGUCUUCCUCCAAAACCAACCGGUAUGCAGAAGCGGAGACGAUGGAGAAGAAGAGAUUCGACAGUAUGGAAUCUUGGUCGAUGAUCCUCGAGUCCGAGAACGUGGAGACAUGGGAAGCUUCUAAAGGCGAAAGAGAGGAGUGGACCGCAGAUCUUUCGCAGCUAUUUAUCGGAAACAAAUUUGCUUCCGGAGCACACUCUCGAAUUUACAGAGGGAUCUACAAACAACGAGCCGUUGCCGUGAAGAUGGUGAGGAUCCCAACACACAAGGAAGAGACAAGGGCUAAGCUCGAACAACAGUUUAAGUCCGAGGUUGCUCUGCUUUCUCGUCUCUUUCACCCUAACAUCGUUCAGUUCAUUGCGGCGUGCAAGAAACCGCCCGUAUACUGCAUCAUAACAGAGUACAUGUCACAAGGAAACCUCCGAAUGUACCUAAACAAGAAAGAGCCUUACUCGCUUUCAAUCGAGACCGUACUUAGACUGGCUCUAGACAUCUCAAGAGGAAUGGAAUAUCUUCACUCGCAGGGCAUGACUCCCGUGCAAGCCGCAUUCGCAGUAGCUGAAAAGAACGAGAGACCACCUUUGCCGGCGAGCUGUCAACCCGCGCUAGCUCACCUAAUCAAGAGGUGUUGGUCAGAGAAUCCGUCGAAGCGGCCAGACUUCUCAAAUAUAGUGGCUGUGCUAGAGAAGUACGACGAGUGUGUCAAAGAAGGACUGCCUUUGACGUCACACGCAAGCCUAACAAAGACAAAGAACGCGAUUCUUGAUCGCCUUAAAGGCUGUGUCUCAUCCAUAAGCUCACCAUUUUCUUCAUCCUCUGUCCCUGUAAAUGCCUAGUAGUCCACACUUGUUUUUAGUAUCAUAACCCUCUCUCGUUCCAAAGUUUACAAUUCUUCAUUUUCUUUCACUAGUUAUUUGAUUGUAUAUUGCAUCUACGUGAUGUUAUGAUUUGAUAUACACGUAUUUAGGCUAAUUAAUUUUUAUGAUACAU